AUGGAGGAGGUGACAGAUAUAUCGUAUUAUAUUGGUCAAGAUGGAGUUGAGGCGUUGAAGAACUUGGAUGUUCCAGUUGAAGGAGGUGAUGUUGUUUCGUUGAGUUUGACUAAUGCCGAGGAAAUCCCCCCCGAUCCCGAAGAGCUUGUUAUGUUUUUUGACGAGAAUAAGAGCGGUAAACAUUUUUGGAUUAUAGUAGCCAGUGCAUAUGCGCAAUUGGGCAAGCUUGAAGAAGCGAUUCAAAUCAUCAAGUCGGCGUUGAAGUCGGCCAAUUUCAAUGAAGAAGAGAAGAAGACAUUUCAGUCGUAUUUGGUAUGGUUGUAUUUCAGAUACGUUGCUCUAGGCAUUGAUAAGGAGACCAACUUGACCCAAGCCGGAGCUGAGAUUUCCAAGUUGAGAGCAAAGAUCCAAAAAGAUCCACAAACAUCCCCUAUAAAUAGUACGAGUAAUUUGUUAGCGGAAGCGGUGCUAUCAUUGUACCAAGGAGCUGAUGAUAGUGCGCUUGAUAUCUUUGAACGGAUCUUGAGGACUGACCAGAAUAACAGUUUUGCAUUAAUGGGGAAAGCUCAGGCCAUUUUGAGUAAAACAAAAAACUACUCGCAUGCAUUGAAAUUAUAUCAACAAGUGUUGAUAUUGAAUCCAGCAAUGAAACCAGACCCUAGAGUAGGAAUUGGUUUGUGUUUUUGGUUUUUGAAAGACAAUAAAAUGGCAAUCCAAGCUUUUGAAAGAGCUUUGGAAUUGGAUGCAAACAAUACAAAAGCAAAAAUAUUUUUAACUUUGGCUAAUUUCUAUACAACUUUCAAUAGCUCAUUGAGUGACGAAGAGUUUUUAUCAAACUACAAAAAAUGUCUUGUGGAAGUUUCAAAGUUACAUAAACAAAAUGUCCAAGAUGCCACAAUUUUGCUUGUUAUAGUUUCAUACUAUUGUUCCAAAGAGGAUUACGAUACUGUUGAGAAGAUUAUAAAAGGUAUUGUUUCACAAAUCACGGGAAGUGAUAACUUGACAAAGUUUAGCCACUUCAACAAGACAUCUGUUUCCAGAUACCAAUUAAAUGUGUUAUCGGAAUGUAGCACAUGGCUAGCGAGGGUUGAAUUUGCCAAGGGGGAUUUCACUCAAGCAUCAAAAUAUUUUCAAGAAGCUAUAAAGAUGAAUGAGCUGAAUAUAGUGGCAAAGCUAGGUUUGGGUCAAUCUCAGUACAAUCGAGGAUUGAUUGAAGAAGCAAGUUUAACUUUUGAAUCAAUUUUAAGAAGCAAUGUAAACUGUUUAGAGGUUAAUUACUCGCUUGGGAUAUUGUAUUCCAAACAAAAUUCGAGAAGAAAAAGAGAUUUGGCUGUACAGGUAUUGGAGAGAUAUAUCAGACUUUCGAACAAUAGGGGGUUAUCUGCGCCAAAGAACGAUUCUGGAAUUUUGUUCAACAAAGAGCCAAUUGCACUAAAUGCAUAUUUGACAUUGAGUAAAUUGUAUGAAGAUAGUGAUAUAAACCAGUCACUCAAUUAUUUAUCCAAAGCAGUAGAAUUGGCAAAACAAGGCGGCAAAAGCAUACCAAUGGAAAUCUACAACAAUAUUGGUGUAUUUCAGUUUACAAAGCAAAAUUUCCAAAAAGCAACAGAAAACUUCCAAUUGGCACUUGAGCAACUUGAUCUGAAUCCAGAGUUUACUUCCUCUGAUGGUGAUGGUGAUGGUGGUAGCGAUCUUUUAGUUGAUUUGCCAAAGGAUUUAAAAGUAACACUAACAUUUAACCUCGCCAGAUCCAAGGAAGUUUCCAAUAAAGAAGAAGCAUUGCAAGCUUAUGAAUCUCUUUUGACACAAUGCCCACAUUAUUUUUCAGCAAAAUUGAGAAUCUUGUUUUUAUCAUGCAUCAUACUGGAACUGAAACUAUCAACAGAAGAGAUCAAAAAUGAAAUCGAAGAACUAUUAAACUUGAACGCCUCUGAUUUAGAAAUCAGAUCGUUUUAUGGUUGGUUUAUCAAAAAUUUCGGUAAGAAAUUAGGAAUGAAACCUGAUGCGGAUACAAAGUUUCAAAAGCAAACACUUGUUGAUUACGACAAACAUGAUUGUUAUGCAUUGAUUUCAUUAGCUAAUAUCUACUGUGUCAUGGCUAGAGAUAUCAAAGGUCCCAAUAUGGAAGAAAAGAAACGAAAUUAUUAUAUUAGAGCUAUUGAAUUAUACACUAAAGUUUUAACAGUGGACCCAAAAAACGUUUAUGCUGCUCAAGGUUUGGCUAUUGCAUAUAUUGAGAAUAAAGAAUCUAUCAAAGGAUUAGACAUUUUGAGAAAGAUUAGGGAUUCAUUAAAUGAUAUUUCUGUUUACUUGAAUCUUGGACAUGUCUUGUGCGAAUUGAAACAAUUUGGAAAAGCAAUUGAAAAUUAUGAGUUAGCAUUGGGUAGAUACACCGAUGGUAAAGAUGUGAAGAUUCUUACAUUCUUGGGAAGAGCAUGGUACCUUCGUGCCGCAAAUGACCAAAGUUUGAUUUUUUUCAAGAGAGGCUUGGAGUAUGCUAAACAAGCAUUAGAGUUGACCAAGGGUUCCAAGUCCGCAUUACUAUUCAAUGUUGCAUACAUCCAAUUUCAAAUUGCCGACUUUGUAAGUAAGCAACUGUUGCAGCAGAGGAAACCUCAAGAUAUAAGUGAUGCCAUCGAUGGUUUACAAGAAGCCAUCAACACAUUGAUUCAACUUGCAUCUGAUGAAGAGAAGCAUCCGCCAUAUCCAAAGGAUGAAUUACGAGGUCGUGCGAAUCUAGGUUCAAGUACUUUACUCAAUAGGUUAACUAAUGCAUUUGAUGAAACUAAAGAAAAUAUAGCUUCAGUUGAACAAAAGCUACAAACUGCUAAGCAAUUGAGAGAGCAAGAGAAGGAAGCACGAGUACAAGAGGAGCAAGCUAAGCUAGAUUUGUUGAAGGAAAAAGAAGCGGCUUUAGCAAAGGAAAGAGCUGUUCUAGAAGAGCAAGCAAAACAAUGGGCUGAAGAGGCAGCUAAGCUGAAUGUAUUAGUUCAAGAUGGAGAUGAUGACGAUGAUGGAGAUGAUGGUUAUGGUGAUGGUAACAGAUCUUUUGGUGAAGACUCGGAAGUCAAUAAUAAAAGCAGUAGAGGCAGUAGAGGUAAAAGAACAGACUCGAAGAAGAGUAAAAGAGCAACAGCAAAGAGUAAGAGGAUUGUUGAUGAUGAUGAUGAUGAUGAUGAUGACGUUGAAGAUGAAGAUGAUGUCGUUAAUGACGAUAAUGAUGUUAGUGAAGAUGAACACGAGGCGGAGUUUUCAGGAGGAGAUAACGACGAUGAGCAAGGUAAAGUGAAAUCGAAUGGGAAAAAGAGGAAGCGUGUUGUCAAUGAAGGUAACGGUGAUGAUGAAAAUGUAGACCCCGAAGUUAAAGCAGCAAAUGGAUCCAAGAAACAAAAGAGGAAGAAAUAUUUAUCAGAAGAGUUUAUUAAGGAUAGUGAUGAGGAAUUGGAUGAUGAUGAUGGCGGAGUUGAAGAGGAGGAAAACAACAAAAUUGUGCUGUGA